GGUUACGGUUGUCACCGUUAUCACGGUUGUCACCAUUGUCAGUAUUGUAACCGUUGUCACCGUCACCACUGUUGUCACCGUUGUCACUGUUGUCACGGUUGUCACCGUUGUCAGUGUUGUCAAUGUUGUCACCGUUGUCACUGUUGUCACCAGUGUCGCUGUUGUCACUUUUGUCACCGUUGUCACCGUUGUUCCUGUUGUCACCAUUGUCAACAUUGUCGCUGUUGUCACCAUUGUCGCUGUUGUCACCAUUGUCACUGUUUGCACCAUUGUCACUGUUGUCACCGUUGUCACCCUUGUCAGUGUUCUCAAUGUUGUCACUGUUUUCACUGUUGUUACCGUAUCACCAUGGUCGCUGUUGUCACCGUUAUCCCUGUUGUCGCUGUUGUCACCGUUGUCAGUGUUGUCACCAUUGUUGCUGUUGUCACCGUUGUCACUGUUGUCACCGUCAUCACUGUUGACACCGUUGUCGCUGUUGACAGUGUUGUCACCAUUGUCGCUGUUGUCACCGUUGUCAAUGUCGUCACCGUUGUCACGUUUGUCACCGUCGUCCCUGUUGUCACCAUUGUCACAGUUGUUACCAUUGUCACCGUUGUCACUGUUGUCACGGUUGUCACCGUCGUCACUGUUGUCAUUGUUGUCGCUGUUGUCAGUGUUGUCACCAUUGUGGCUGUUGUCACCAUUGUCACCAUUGUUCCUGUUGUAACCAUUGUCACCGUUGUCGCUGUGUCACCAUUGUCGCUGUUGUCACCAUUGUCACUGUUUGCACAGUUGUCACUGUUGUCACCGUUGUCACAGUUGUCACCCUUGUCAGUGUUGUCUAUGUUGUCACUGUUUUCACUGUUGUUACCGUGUCACCAUGGUCGCUGUUGUCACCGUUCUCCCUGUUGUCGCUGUUGUCACCGUUGUCACCAUUGUCGCUGUUGUCACAGUUGUCACUGUUGUCACUAUUGUCACAGCUGUCACAGUUGUCACUGUUGUCACUAUUGUCACACCGUCCUACUUGUUGUCAACGUUUUCAGUGUUGUACCGUUGUCACCAUUGUCGCUGUUGUCACUGUUGUCACCGUUGUCACUGUUGUUUCUGUCGUCACCAUUGUCACCGUUGUCACCGUUGUCACUGUUGUCACCCUUGUCGCUGUUGUCGCUGUUGUCACUGUUGUCACCGUUGUCACCGUCGUCUCUGUUGUCACCAUUUUCACUGUUGUCAAAGGUGUCACCGUUUUAACCGUUGUCACAGUUGUCACCGUCGUCACUGUUGUCGCUGUUGUCAGUGUUGUCACCAUUGUCGCCGUUGUCACCGUCGUCACUGUUGUCACUGUUGUUAUUGUUGUCACUGUUGUCGCUGUUGUCACUCUUUUCACCGUCGUCACCAUUGUCACCGUUGCCACUGUUGUCACCAUUGUCGCUAUUGUUCCGGUUGUCACCGUUGUCACUGUAGUCGCUGUUGUCAUGGUUGUCAGUGUUGUUGGUGUUAUCACCAUUGUUUUUGUCACUGUUGUUGCUAUUGUCACCGUUGUCGCUGUUGUCACUGUUGUCGUUAUAUUUGCGGUUGUCACCGUUGUCACUGUAGUCGCUGUUGUCAUGGUUGUCAGUGUUGUUGGUGUUAUCAGCAUUGUCUCUGUUGUCACUGUUGCUGCUAUUGUCACCGUUGACGCUGUUGUCACUGUUGUCGCUUUUGUCACUAUUGCUGCUGUUGUCACCGUUGUCGCUGUUGUUGCCAUUAUUACUGUUGUUGCUGUUGUCACCGUUGUUACUGUUGUCACCUUAGUUGCUGUUGUCACCGUUGUCACAGUUGCUGCUGUUGUCACUGUUGUCACUGUUCUCACUAUUGUCACCAUUGUCACAGUUUUCACUGUUUUCACCAUUGUCGCUGUUGUCACCAUUGUCACAGUUGUCACUGUUAUCGCUGUUAUCGCUGUUGUCACAGUUGUUACUGUUGUCACUGUUGUUGCUGUUGUCCCAGUUUUUGCUGUU